GGAAGUGAUGAAUCUCGUGUUGUCAUGUAGAAGGCGGCGGCAACAGCAGCGUGGUGAGAAAGAUGGAAGUUGCAGAAAGUGCAAAUUCACUGCCCGAAUGUUGUGAAGGUGCGAUUUCUAUGCAUAACUUCUCGGAAAAGAUUUUGGAACAGGUCAUCCAUUUCCAUGUGAUGAAAAUGAGAGAGUGUUUUUUCCUUUGGGUCGGGACUACGCCGGUGCUGGAUAAUUUGGCUGUAGCAAUGUGCAGCAGAUUCGAUUCCGUUCCUUUAUCUACUUUAGUCCUUGGGGAUACAUCUGACACCACAUCAAAUUGUCUCGCCCAGCGAUUAGCCAAGAAGACUGGCAAACAAGUUUUUGUCAGCUACAACAUACCAAGGAUUGAAUCAAACCUCACAUUGCUGAUUGAAAACAGAAUUAAAAAAGAAAUGGAACUUCUACCCGAUAAAUUCUGAUGUAUUAUGAACUCCUUUAUUUUUUAAAAUAUUUUAUACAAAUAAAAUUAUCGUAAGCUAA